UCGCAGAGUUGUCAUGGCGUCUUUGGGACCGAAGCUGCUGCUGCAAUUUAGCUAAAAUCUGUCGACAGUCUGUACAUCGAAAUGGAGAAAAAUGCAACCCUGCAUCGAGACACUGACGGGAGCUCUUUGUGUGCCACGAUCGCGGAGGAGAUGAGCGAUGUUACGGCUGUCGGCGGAGUGAAAGGAACAGCCGAGAAAUGCAAGAAUAGUGAGGCUUCUCUCAGUACUUUGGUUAACAUUGGUUGUACUAACAGCACCACAAAUGUUGGUGCUCCGUGCGCCGUUAAUGUCAUUUCCACUGCUGGGAAGUCUGACGUGACCGAAGUGAUCGAAGUCCUCCCCGUGCAGGAGGUUAAGAAGAAGGACACCGAGGCGAGUGGGUCGGGGUCCGGGGAUCAGAUCAGUAACGGGAUGGGGCAUGAAUCGGCGCUGGCUGCAGAAGAUAGCGAGGGUGGUGCCUCAAAGUUAGUAAACAACAAACCCGACGGGCCGUGCUCACCUCCCGCUAAGGAGAGCACAGAUGCGCGGGCUGAGUUUACGGCUCGUGGAGAAAGUGAACCGACAAAACUUGCAAAACCGACUCAACUGUGUCCGGACAAUGCAAUCACGGUAAACGUCAAGUUGGCGCUGUCCGGUGAUCACACCUUAUCGGAGGGAUUGCCGAGUGGGAGUGACCCCGAUCCCAGCCUCGCUGGAGAGUCCCGAAGCAUAGAUUCACUCGAGUCCUUCUCCAACCUCAACUCCUGCCCCAGCUCCGACCUCAACAGUGAUGGACUGGAGGACAGAGGACUGGCCCUGGCCCUUCAAAACGAGUACGGGGCUGAUGGGACAAAGACUGCGUGCGCUAAGGACCGGGUCGCCGGCCAGUCCAUAUACCACAUUAAGUGGAUCAAGUGGAGGGAGGAGAACACGCCGAUCAUCACUCAGAACGAGAACGGCCCCUGUCCAUUAUUGGCAAUUAUGAAUGUCCUUCUGCUUGCAUGGAAGGUUAAGAUGCCCCCUAUGAUGGAAAUUAUAACUGCUGAGCAGCUGAUGGAGUACCUUGGAGACUACAUUCUGGAAACCAAGCCUAAAGAGAUAUCAGAAGCUCAGCGGCUAAACUAUGAGCAGAACAUGAGUGAUGCCAUGGCAGUGCUGCACAAGCUGCAGACAGGUCUGGAUGUGAACGUGAAGUUCACAGGGGUGCGCGUCUUCGAGUACACCCCAGAAUGCAUUGUGUUUGAUCUGCUGGACAUCCCUCUCUACCAUGGAUGGCUGGUUGACCCCCAGAUGCAUGACAUUGUCAAGGCAGUAGGCAACUGCAGCUACAACCAGCUGGUAGAGAAGAUAAUAUCCUGCAAACAGUCCGACAACAGCGAACUGGCAGGAGAAGGCAUCGUGGCAGAGCAGUUUCUGAGCAGCACAGCCACCCAGCUGACAUACCACGGCUUAUGUGAGCUCACAUCCACCGUACAAGAGGGAGAGCUCUGUGUCUUUUUCAGGAAUAACCACUUCAGCACCAUGAUCAAAUAUAAGGGCCAGCUGUACCUCCUGGUCACAGACCAAGGUUUCCUGACAGAGGAGAAGGUCGUCUGGGAGAGUCUGCACAACGUUGACGGGGACGGCAACUUCUGUGAUUCUGACUUCCGGUUGCGGCCUCCUUCCGAUCCAGAGACUGUGUACCGAGGCCAGCAGGAUCAGAUAGACCAGGACUAUCUGAUGGCGUUGUCACUGCAGCAGGAGCAGCAAAGCCAGGACCUACAGUGGGAGCAACUCCCCGAGGGCAUCAGUGACCUAGAGCUGGCGAAAAAGCUUCAGGAGGAGGAGGACCGACGAGCCUCCCAGUACUACCAGGAGCAAGAGCAGGAGCAGGCGGCAGCUGCAGCAGCAGCAGCAGCAGCGGCGGCACAGCAGGGGGGCCAGCAGGAGCCUGCCGAGGGAGAUGAGGCGGACAGAGGAGGUGCAGGAGCAGGUGGAGCAGCGGCCGGCGCUGGGACGGCAGCAGCCAGAGCCACCCCCAGCCCGGGAAAACACUCCUCCAGCGGGGAGCGCAAAGCCAAGAAAGAAUCGAAGGAAAAAGACAAAUGUGUUAUUUUGUAACAUACAGCGUGUCUGUGAGUGUGUGUGUUUUGUGCAUUUGCUUAUCUGUGAGAAAGGGGACAGCAUUUGUUUCUCCAGAGACUGGACAUACAACGCGCAGACCCGACUUGACAACAAACAAGGGAAGACGUUUGAGGAGAGGCGCGACAAGACUAACGGAGGUUUUGCUGUUUCCCAAACCACUGGUGCCUGCUAUCCUCUAUCCUCAGUGGAACCUGGACACCAGAGGAAGGGACAUAAAAACAACAACAACAACAACAACUACCCCUUAUCUUUCAUAGAGUCGGCCAAACUUUGUUACAAGCUGAACAGUGCACUAUAUUUGUGAUGUGGGGUCAAGUUUAUUCGGGGUGGUAUGUUUUAUAGCAAAAGACAUAAUCUGAAGGAACAAAAGGUCACCCUCUCACCAUGUCCUCCCCCCACCCCCCCACAAAAUCAAUGAUUUUUAUUUUUUGCAGCUUAUAACCUUUUUUGUACAUUUCAAUAUUUACAAAAAAUAUUUAGACAUCCCACUUUUUUUGUUUCAAUUGAGUUAAGUUGAUGCCAAGACUCACAUUUUAUUUAUGUGUCUGUGUAAGAGCUAGCUUUUGGGAGAGGUUUAUUUUUUGUUUUGUAAGCUGACAGGUAUUUCUCAUAAUAUUGCCUGUUGGAAAUCAGUGUAACACUAUUUGUCUCCCCUCUGAAACACUAUGUACUUAAGGGUUAAUUAAUGCCAGAUAGCUGCCUGAUACUGUAGCUACGCAACAAUACUCAUCACAGCUUGCCCUGUUCAGAUUUGCCUUACCAGAGUAUGGCUGUGUUGUAUUCAGCUCUGUUUGAAUGUGAGUGUGAGUUUGUUUUCACAUCUAUGGUAUGUACAGAACGUGUGGGCUAUGUUGGUAUAAUGGCGUGUGGUAUGCAUGUCUCAUUUGCUGAGCAUCGCUGAUGUAACAAGUUUCAAUUUGGAAAUAGCUAAAACGUUUAUGCCGUAUUCGUUAAGCUACAAAUUCUGGAUGUUUAACGUCUUUUAUGUUGUAAUUUUUUUUCACAAAAACGUUUACGUUUGAGAAAGUCAAACUGAGAAUAAUUGAGGGAUUUUGUCUGAAUCCGAUGUUCUUGUUUUGAUUAGAUGGCAACCAGUUUAGAGUGUAUGGUAGUUUUGUUUUUUCUUUCUCACGGUCUCUUCUGGCAGCUUCCUGAAGAGAUGCAGUAUGCGUGCUGGCACUAUCGUGAUCACCUCUGUUCUUGGUCCUGGAUGUAGUUCCAUUGCAGCCAGGUUUUUGAAAAGAAAUACCACAGAAUUCCACUAUUUGCACGCACUGCUCCUCUAAACUGGGAAAGUUCAUUUUAUAUUUGUGAACAUGUCCUAUUCUUUUCCACAAUCCAGACCAACAUCAGACAUCAUCUGUGACAUCAAGAUAUACAGCAUGCUUUUCGACUUCAUUUACGAUGUUCUUCUGUUAUCUGUGGAAAAUAAGCUGAGCUGUCGGGGGGGGGUAUAGGAUAUACAUAAUGAAUACUGAAAUUCUGUGGUAUCACCUUUUUACUUGUGUGCAUUUCACUGCAGCAUUGAGCGUGCAAACACAUGAUGUACAUAUUUACUUAAUGCAUUCUUAUAAUGGAUUUAGCUAGUGGUGUGUGCCAUUAUUGUACCAUGGGACUGCCUCCUGAGAAAUUUUUCUAUCUAUACAUUCCAAGUGGAUGCCUUGACUCAAGCCUUCUGUUACAGAUGGAGGGAGACAGUUGUCAUAGGAGGGCUUUUUGCAGUGCUUGUGCAGUGGUCUCCAUUAUUUUGUUCAGUGAGAACAAAUUCAGUGUCAGGACAGGACGAUUACAUGGAGGCAGCAGGCUAUCUACUGUUUGGAAACACGUUCUUAUGGGCUUCGUGUAAUGGCUGCAGUUUGAGCUCCUUUUGGCCCUAAUAGAGUGUGUGUGUGUGUGUGUGUGUGUGUGUGUGUGUGUGUGUGUGUGUGUGUGUGUGUGUGUGUGUGUGUGUGUGUGUGUGUGUGUGUGUGUGUGUGUGUGUGUGUGUGUGUGUGUGUGUGUGUGUGUGUGUGUGUGUGUGUGUGUGUGUGUAUAAACGCCUUAGAACAUUUAAACAUAAUUUAUAGGAAGGAAACAGGUGUAUUACCAGAAUGAGACAAUCCAUGCAUUUUUUCACAUUCAGAAAUACUCUCAGGCCUUUUUUCUGAAGGGACAUAUCCUCGAGUGUCUUUAUGUAUUGGCACAGUUCCUCGGCCUGUCAUCACGUUCUCAGUCACAACUUUUAAGUAUCUGUAUGUAUACACACACAACUGUUGUGACACUUUGAAGGACUUAACACUAUAUUCUUUAAGACCCUCAUUGUUGAACUUCACUCUAAAAAAAACAACAAUGAAUCAAGCUGCUCUUCUCGUAACGUGGACUACCUGAUAAAAAAAUAAAAACCUCCAUAGUCAUGGUUAAGGAACAUUUUUAAUCAUGUAGACCUUUCUUCAUUGACUCCUUGGCAGUUUUUUCCCCCACUCCAUGCAGCUUUAAUUAAUAAUACAUAUUAUUAUAAGGUGAAAGCAAGAAAGCAGAGGGAAGGCUUUUUGGCAACAUUGUGCAUUUUUUUUUUUGAGUUUCAUCUCAUUUAUAUCUCAGCCCAUCAAGUGAACAUGCUGAUUAAACAUUCCAGUGGAAGUUUAAAAAAGAUGAAAUGUCACUUAGGGCAGGUUUGAAUUCAUAUGGAAAAUGUUGGUUGGUGUUUGUAUGAGUGAAAAGAGCAAGGAGUGAAACAUGCCACACAUUAUUAUUAUUAAUUAUCAUUAUUAUUUCAGUUUUAAUACUGUGCAUUAGCUUGCUAUCCCUUGUCAUUAUUACCAGAAUUUGAUAUUUUUGUUGUAAUGUGUUUGUUUCACCCUAGUUCCUAAAAUGAAUUGAUAAGAAGGAUAUUGUGUGUUCAGUGUCUCAAAGUGGUUUCUUGUCUGCUUUGUAAAAGUGAUGGUGGGUAAGUGCUGUAAAAAUUUGUGUUUUGACAAGGUGGUUGUUGAACAAAUUGUGGUUGUAAUUGGUUUUGCACUGUUACAUUGAUAUGCACUAACAGAAGAGAAACAUACCUCAUUUUAUACAGAACAUAAAUUGUGCAAGAGUG